UUUCAGUUCAGCGCCGACCGGAUCUCUGUUGCACAGUGCGCAAUGUACGCUCUUCCGUCAUCACUGUGGACUAGUUCAACCGCGGCGUAGACAAACAUACGAGCCGGAACUGGAUGUUAACUCUCAUUUGAUCCCAUGUGGCCGCCGGCAGACAUAACUUUACGCAGGGAAACAGCAGGCUAUCCCAGCAGCAUCACCACGGAGACAUACUGAUGCGUAAUUUGGAUAAAACCCUGUCCGACGGCAGAGCGAAGCAAGUUUGAACCUGUCGAGGUUUUGGAGCAGAUGGAGGUGAUGUUUGGCGACCAGUAACACCUUGCUCGAUCCGAUCGUAUUACACGGGCUGCUGCCAGGUGAGAAGCGGCAUGGGGAACCAGAUGGACAAGCUGUCCCAUUUAAGUUACGCCGAAAUUCCCACAGUGGACCCGCACGGCGUGGACACGGAGGAAGGUCCACGGAUCGGCGUCUCUUACAUAUUUUCUAACGACGACGAUGAGCUGGGGGAUGGCUGCGCGGCCGAUGGCACGAUGAAGGACCCGAAUCAGGAAGAGAAACAAUUCGACCGGCGCGACGAGGUGGAGAGCGCCGUCUACAACAGAGAUGAGUGCAUUUACGAGAAGAGCGUCAAGUCUGCCAACCUGGAGGUUUCCUCCCCUGAGAAUCUACUAAACAGAUGCAAAGCAGGUGACCUGGUGGAGUUUGUGGCCAUCGGUCUAUUGCCGCACUGGGCCGUGUACGUGGGGGACUUCCAGGUCGUGCACCUGCACAGAGCCGAGGUGAAAAACAGCUUUUUGACAGAUGCAAGUCAAGGGAGGAGGUGCAGGAUUGUGAACGACUUUUACAAAUUCAAAGCUCUGGCUCCGGACAUGGUGGUGCAGAACGCGAUGGAGCAAAUGGGCUUAAAGAACCGCGAGCUGAGCUGGAGGAACUCCGAGUGCUUUGCCGCCUGGUGCAGAUUCGGCAGGAGGGAGUUCAAAAUGGGCGGAGAGAUACGGAUAGGCAAGCAGCCCUACAGGUUGAAAGUAGAUAUGUCCGACAAACAUUCGCACAUGUUGGAGUUUCAGAGUUUGGAGGACACGAUCAUGGAGAAGAGGAGGAACGAUCAACUGGGCAGGAAAGCCAUGUUGCAGGAACUGGCCGCUCACUUCCGCAGACGUGGAGGAGAUCAAAAGUGAGCCAGGCGCCGACUGAUGGAGGCGCCUUCACCUGUUUGAUGCUUUUUCUUAAUAACUGCUUUGCAAGUAGAGGAGCCUUUACCAAACAUGAACUGUUACAGGCUGCUAGCAAGCCAUCGCUCCUUCAUUUGAGUUUGAAUUGGAGCACGUUGGAGCACGCACGUCAUCAUUUCCACUUGGACAUUGUCAUUUUAAUUUUAUGUUUUGACAUAAGUGUGUAACAAUGUUAUUGCCUUAACCACAAUCAUCAACACCCUCAGAUGCUUAAUGGCCUUAUCAGGUUUUAAUGCAAUUAUCUAGGGGAAAACUGAUUGAAUUGAAUUAGUCGAUAGGCUUGUUUGUAGCUCACAGCCUGUAUAGACUGUCACUGUACACAGACUGUAGUUUUAUAAAAGCUUUACACAUCAAACUGUCACUACCCUGUAAGUAGAGUGAAUGCUUCUCUAUUCGUAGUGCAUCCUGUUCCUUGAUCCUUGUGUGGUGUCAUCUCUCAGACCGAAAUGUGUCAGAACUGCUCGCUGAACUCCCUUUUACCUGAGGAAUCACCACUGGAACCUACUGUAUGCUGCAGGCCGGGUCUGUCUAACACCAGACUCCAGAGCACCUGCUUUCUGCCUAUUUCUCAGGUAAAACAUAAUCAACUGUUUUGAUUAUCGCUAAUUGUUUUAGCCAUUUAAAAUGGGAUGUCUUGGGAGUUGUUCAUGUUGUCUGGGCAAAACAAGGUAUUUAAAGUCGUCAACUUUGGGAUUCUGGGAAACUUUAUGACAUUUUACGAAACUAAACAAUCAAGAAAAGCUAUCGUCAGAUUAAUUGAUGAUGAAAACAAUUGAUAGUUUUAGCAGCAUUGUCAUUAUGUUAUGGAAACGAUUGUGAUGAUUCUCGGGGCUGACAGCUGACAAACUUGACUAAAUUCAUUAAGGGGGCCUAAAGCAAUAAUCCUCAAAGGACCCAUCAUUUCUAGUUCUGGCCCUGCCCACAGGAUCCAGGUAUGGACAAAAUGAUUGCAUUCAAGUAAAAAGUGACGAGCAAUAACAGGAAUAAUAACCCACUGAUUUGAUGUUUGGAUGAAAACAGAAUGACAGAAAUGCUCCUCCAAGAUUGUUUGUUUGUAUCAGAACUACAAUGAAUGUUUGCAGCAAUGUUUUCAACUAUCUGCCUGCCACCUUUGAUAUUAAAC